CUCCGCAUCCAGACGCAUCCUCGGCUCGCUGCGGAUCUCCAGCUCUAAACUGGACGGACUAUUUACGCAAAUGACAAAUGCCGAGAAGAGGAGAGGCGAUUUUAAAAGACAGAGAGGAAAAAUGCUUGCAAGCUGUUGGGGAUUUUGAUGUUGGGUACAGCCUCCUGGAAGUUCUCAGCCCAGGUGAUACUCCAAAGGGAUUAUGCCCGCCGUCCCACGAUGCUGCUACCCUCAGGUUGGCUGCUUCGGCACUCUGUGGUCAUGUGGUUGCUGUUUCACAGUUUGGUGCUGAUGGCACUGUGUUUCCACCACGCUACAACUUCCUGCUCCAAACGUUGCUACUGUUCAGACAGCGAGGGCUCAUUUGGUGGCAAGACCAUGCGCUGCAGCAACCUGCAUCUUACUGAGAUCCCUCAGGACAUCCCCAAUGACACACAGCGCCUCUAUCUGGACUACAACCUCCUGACCAGCAUCCCUGCCAAUGCUUUUCAUGAUCUUCCACUGCUAGCUGAACUAGAUCUUUCCCAUAAUGAACUGGCUUUGCUUGAACCUGGAGCCUUUAGAGGCUUGGCAGCCUCUCUGCAGUUUCUGGAUCUCUCGUCCAACCUGCUCACGACAUUGGACCCAGAAGCCUUUGAAAGCGUUACAGCUAGAUCUAACCUCACUGGAAACCCCUGGCACUGUGACUGCAGGCUGCAGACAGCCCUCCCACGCCUAGACUUAGAGCCUGUGUCUUUGACCGGUAUUAUCUGUCAGACAUCUGAACCCUCAGACUCAGGAGCCCAAGGUGUGCCUUUCCUGCUGGCCAAAGACCUGGACCUGUGUGUGGUGCUCAAAAAGACUACGGAUGUGGCCAUGUUGGUGACCAUGUUUGGAUGGUUCACCAUGGUCAUCUCCUAUCUGGUCUACUAUGUGAGACACAAUCAGGAAGAUGCCAGGCGCCACCUGGAGUAUCUCAAGUCUCUGCCCGGCAGGCAAGGCAAGUCUGAGAGGUCUUCCACCAUCAGCACUGUGGUAUAGCACAAGGCCAAGUGCUCAUGACAUGUGGAAGAAGCUUCUCGGGCUGCCAAAAGGCAAUGGACACACUGGGCAAUAGGCUACCUGAUUCUGAUGUUUAAAAUUGAUUAAACCCUUGGAAAAACAAAGACCCCUUGAAUCAAAUACAACACCACAAGUAACCGUUCAGGAUUGAUCUGUACCCUCCCAAAGAACCAGAAAGAAUGUAUUCCUAGAAUGCUUCUUAUGUGAAAUGUGAAACAUAUCAUGCUGAGACUGAAACCAUCCACAGACAUGCAGAUGGCUAGAGAUAGAAGAAGGGAAAUCACAGAGGCCAUCUAAUCCAAUUCAGAUAAAUAAUUGAUUCCGAAAUGGCUGAACUUGAGGCUCAUCUUGACUAAGAGGUUUUUCUACUCUGCACACUUUUAAAGGAGGCGUUGUCUGGUUGUUGUUUUUUUUCAGCCAGACCUCCAUUUGACAGGCAACACACGUAGCGUAAAGCACUCGUCCCACUGGGUAUUUACAAAAAGUACUGUUGUCGUGAGGCUUUUUUUUCAGCCAGAUCUCCAUUUGACAGGCAAAGCACGGAGCGUAAAGCACUCAUUCCACUGGGUAUUUACAAAAAGUACUUUUGUUGUCCCUGCAGGCAACAUCAAAAUUUUACAGAGCAACACAUUCUUGCAUGCAUCAAUGAUUUUUAAGGUGUCUCAGUAAAAAGUACAAACUGCAAAAGUAAAAAGCACUGUCGUUUGUUUUGAUACUCAGUGGUUAGGUUUUUAGGGAAGCACAGAAGAGCUAUUUUCUUCAUGGAUCCUGCAGCGUUAAUGGUGUUGUGACUUAAAAUAAAUAAAAAGGCUGGCUUGUUAGUUUCAUGAUCAGUCACUGUAAGAUAAAUGAAUCACUGUUAAAGUCAUUUCAAGGGAAAACACCACGAGGCAUUUUUUAUUUAAAAAAAUGAUUUUGAAUGUUUCAAAACUUCUAUGCUUAAAGAUAAUGAGACCAUUUUGACGACCACAUAGUGUGUUUGCACUGUUAGAGGUAUGUCACAUCCAAUACUGUGUGAUUGUUCAAUUUCUUACGUGCCAGCAAGAAUAAUUCAGAAAGUCUGCCAAGAUAAUCCAUAACUUAAAAUCAGUCUGAAUGUUUUAAUGUCUUCAAAGCUUUACAAGUCAUACCCAUAAAUGAAGAAAAUAGCAUUGUCUUAAUCCUUUACUAAAGGCAGUGAGGGCUAUGCCAUGAAAUUACUCAAUUACUAAAACCUAAUGAGCUUCCUACUAAGACAUUUUAAGGUGUCAUAUGUAAUCAUGACAAAAAUGCUGUAAUUGUGUUGGCAUUUGGCUAUGUAGAUUGUAGAUAAUAAGGAAUCUCAUUAAUGGUAACAUUUUACAAUAAGGUUUCAUUUGUUAACGUUAGCUAACUGCUUACUACAUUCAACCUUAUUGUAAAGUGCAGGUGAAAUAAAUGAUUUGCUGGUCA